CAAAACAGUGUUAUCUGUCGAUUUUUUUCCUUCAAAUUUCUCGUAAAUUAAAUAAAACAAAUCAGUGAAUUAUCGUCAACGUGCAGCUACGAUCCGAAGAUCGCCCGGGCAGCUGCGGAACACACAACACUCACUGAGAGGUACCAUAUUUUCAGAAUUUUUUUAUUGGAAGUUCUUCCCUAAGUUAACCUUUAAAUUAUUACUAUCUUUUUAGCUACUCACACUAUAAUCAAAUCCCUAUAUAGUCAUGUCAGUGCCCGUCCUAAAAUCUGAAGUGGUGCCGACCACACCCUUCAAUGACCAGAAACCUGGAACCAGCGGUCUCCGUAAGAAGGUCAAGGUGUUCAUGGAGAAAAACUACACUGAAAAUUUCGUGCAGUGUAUUCUGGAUGCCCUGGGGGAUAAACUGAAGGGGGCCACCUUGAUUGUCGGUGGAGAUGGUAGAUAUUUUACUAAGCCCGCCAUUAAUACCAUUAUUAGGAUCGCUUCAGCCAAUGAGGUUAGCAAACUUAUUAUCGGACAAUUAGGAAUAUUUUCAACGCCUGCUGUAUCUGCCCUUAUACGACAACAUAAACUUUUAGGUGGAAUUGUUUUGACGGCAUCCCAUAACCCGGGCGGCAUCCGUAACGAUUUCGGUAUAAAGUACAACAUCGAAAACGGUGGUCCUGCCCCCGACAAUAUCACCGAUAAAAUUUACGAAUUAACCACCAAAAUUCGGCAGUACAAAAUCACGCCCACUUUGGAAACCGAUAGACUGAUCGACGUAUUGGGUACAAGUAAAUUUAACGUUGAUGGUAGGGAUUUUACGGUGGAAAUAAUCGACUCUACCAAGAAUUAUGUGGCUUUGAUGAAGGAGAUUUUCGAUUUUAAUAAGCUGAGGAAUCUUAUUAGGGGCACCGAUAAGAGGCCCGCUUUUAAUAUUUUAUUGGAUUCUAUGAACGGAGUAACUGGAGUGUACGUGCGUAACAUCUUCGUGGAGGAACUGGGUGCUUCCCCGGACAAUAACGUGCGUCGCGUCGUCCCAUUGGACAAUUUCGGCGAAAUCCAUCCGGAUCCCAAUCUCACGUACGCCAAGGACCUGGUGGACAAACUGAAGGACGAGGAAAGUUACGAUUUCGGCGCCGCCUUCGACGGUGACGGCGACAGAAACAUGAUUUUGGGCAAGAGAGCGUUCUUUGUCACCCCGAGUGACUCUUUGGCCGUGUUGGCCAACAAUUUGGACUGUAUCCCGUAUUUUAAGAAGAACGGGGUGCAUGGAUUCGCCAGGUCGAUGCCUACGGCCGCCGCGGUUGACAGAGUUGCAGCCAAAUUGGGCAAAGAAAUGUUCGAAGUACCAACCGGUUGGAAGUAUUUCGGUAAUUUGAUGGACGCCGGACGUUUGUCCCUUUGUGGCGAAGAAAGUUUCGGCACCGGGUCCGACCACAUCAGGGAAAAAGACGGUCUAUGGGCCGUUUUGGCCUGGCUAUCAAUCAUAGAACAUAAAAAUAUGGGCGUGGAGGACAUUUUGAAGGAACACUGGAAGCUUUAUGGCAGGAACUACUUUACCAGAUAUGACUAUGAAGAAUGUGAAACCGAUGGGGCAAACAAGAUGAUGGCCCACUUAGAAUCCCUGCUGACCGACAACAGUUUCCUCGGGAAAACUUUCACUUCCGAUGGGAAAACUUACAAAGUUUCCAAGGCGGAUAACUUCUCUUACGUGGAUCCUAUUGACAAAUCGGUAGCCAAAAACCAGGGUAUUCGGGUGUUGUUUGAAGAUGGUUCCAGAUUAAUUUACCGAUUGUCCGGCACCGGAAGCAGUGGCGCCACUAUAAGGGUUUAUAUUGAAUGUUAUGAAAAAGAUGACGUACUCACUGAUGCCCAAGUUAUGUUGAAACCUUUGGUCAAUAUUGGUCUCGAAAUAUCACAAUUGAAGAAGUUUACUGGACGGGAGGAGCCCACCGUCAUUACAUAAGAACCAGUUUAGUCAAGAUUUAAUAAGAAAAACACUGUGAAAAUAUUAUUUGAAGCUUUCGUCAUUUAUGAACAAUUUGGUACUCUGGUUUACUUAUAAGUGAAUUUUUUUUCUAAAUGUUAUAUUUAUUGUAUUUUUAUAUUCUUGAUUAAGUUUAUUUGCGUAUUUCAUUAUAUUGUUACUACACUGUCCUACUUAUUUGCAACAAGAAUAAAAUUUUGUUAAUGUUAUUAUUA